AUGCAUGAUCGCGUCGUCCUCGCCUUGUUCGUGGCGAUUAUCAUCGGAAGUUUCGUCAACUUCACCAAUGCGGACUCGUACUCGAUCAAGGACCUUAACAACGAGAGCACCAAGGCUGGCAACCUUCGUGAGGAGAGCGCGGUGGAGGAGGAGGAAAGAGGAGCAGGAGAGGUCAAGACUUUUCUUCAGAAACUCAUUCCCGCAUGGGGGCGGUCUACGGCCAAGGAAGACGUGGUGGCUCAAAGCGUAGUCCGGACAUCGAGCCAAAAAUCCACUCGGGCGAUUGCAGGCGCGGCGGAAACUGCAGUGACCCACAGGAGCAUGCCGAAGAAAGUAUUGAUCGGCGUGUAUUUUGCCAUACUCGCUACUUUGGCAGCUACCGGUUUAUACUUUACGAUAAAAUCCGCAAGUCCAUAG